AUGCCUCCGGCUUGCGCGCUGCCGCGCUGCCACCAGAGGGUCCCCCUCAGCCCUCUCUGUGUAUGUGUGUGUGUGCGCGAGAUCCCCUGGCUGCUGGGUCUGGUGACCUUUCAGGAGGUAUCCAUUCAUUUCUCUGAGGAGGAGUGGGGCCUGCUGGAUCCGGACCAAAGAAGGCUUCACAAGGAAGUCAUGGCGGACAAUUAUCAGAAUGUGGCCUCCCUGGGGGAGGAACCUUAUAAAUGCUUGCAGUGUGGAAAGAGCUUUGCUCGGAAUUCACACCUUACUGUCCAUCAGCGUAUCCACACUGGGGAGAAACCUUAUAAAUGCUUGCAGUGUGGAAAGGGCUUUGCUUCGAAUUCAAAUCUUACUGUCCAUCAGCAUAUCCACACUGGGGAGAAACCUUAUAAAUGCUUGCAGUGUGGAAAGAGCUUUGCUGAACGUUCUAACCUUACUGUCCAUCAGCGUAUCCACACAGGGGAGGAACCUUAUAAAUGCUUGCAGUGUGGAAAGAGCUUUGCUCGGAAUUCACACCUUACUGUCCAUCAGCGUAUCCACACUGGGGAGAAACCUUAUAAAUGCUUGCAGUGUGGAAAGGGCUUUGCUUCGAAUUCAAAUCUUACUGUCCAUCAGCAUAUCCACACUGGGGAGAAACCUUAUAAAUGCUUGCAGUGUGGAAAGAGCUUUGCUGAACGUUCUAACCUUACUGUCCAUCAGCGUAUCCACACUGGGGUGGAACCUUAUAAAUGCUUGCAGUGUGGAAAGAGCUUUGCUCGGAAUUCACAGCUUACUGUCCAUCAGCGUAUCCACACUGGGGAGGAACCUUAUAAAUGCUUGCAGUGUGGAAAGAGCUUUGCUCGGAAUUCACAGCUUAUUGUCCAUCAGCGUAUCCACACUGGGGAGAAACCUUAUAAAUGCUUGCAGUGUGGAAAGGGCUUUGCUUUGAAUUCAAAUCUUACUGUCCAUCAGCAUAUCCACACUGGGGAGGAACCUUAUAAAUGCUUGCAGUGUGGAAAGAGCUUUGCUCGGAAUUCACAGCUUACUGUCCAUCAGCGUAUCCACACUGGGGAGAAACCUUAUAAAUGCUUGCAGUGUGGAAAGGCCUUUGCUUCGAGUUCAGAGCUUAUUGUCCAUCAGCGUAUCCACACUGGGGAGAAACCUUAUAAAUGCUUGCAGUGUGGAAAGAGCUUUGCUUCCUGUUCAAACUUUACUGUCCACCUCCGUAUCCAUUCUGGGGAGAAACCUUAUAAAUGCUUACAGUGUGGAAAGAGCUUUGCUGAGCAUUCAAAGCUUACUAUCCAUCAGCGUAUCCACACUGGGGAGAAACCUUAUAAAUGCUUGCAGUGUGGAAAGGCCUUUGCUUCGAGUUCAGACCUUAUUCACCACCAGCGUAUCCACACUGGGGAGAAACCUUAUAAAUGCUUGCAAUGUGGAAAGAGCUUUGCUGAGCGUUCAUAUCUUACUAUCCAUCAACGUAUCCACACUGGGGAGAAACCUUUUAAAUGCUUGCAGUGUGGAAAGGCCUUUGCUUCGAAUUCAGCGUUUACUAUGCAUCACCGUAUCCAUACUGGGGAGAAACCUUUUAAAUGCUUGCAGUGUGGAAAGGCCUUUGCUUCGAGUUCAAAUCUUACUGUCCAUCAGCGUAUCCACACUGGGGAGAAACCUUAUAAAUGCUUGCAGUGUGGAAAGAGCUUUGCUCAGCGUUCACACCUUACUGCCCAUCGACUAAUGCACACUUGAGAAACUAUAUCAGCACUUGGACUGUGGAAAGAGCCUUCCUUGGAUUCACGGGCUGAUUGUUCCUGA